AUGAAUAAACUAACUAUUAUCGAAAAUUAGUCAGAGUUUCAUUGCUACUCUCAACAUAACUAACCUAUAUGCUCAGUUGUAUUGGAUCCAAAUUUAACAAAUAAUUAAAGAUUUUUAUGUGGAUCAUGUCUAGAAUUUUUUGAAUCUGAAUAUAAGAUAGUUGGAAUUAAGAAAGUCAUCCAAACUAUUGAAGAGAUAUAUGAAACAUAAAUAAUGUAAUUGGAAAAUCAAACGAUGAAUACUGUUCAAUAGUUAUAAUCAAUUAUAAAAAGCACACAACAAUUAAAGUAGUAAUUUAUGGAUCUUUUUGACUCCCUUAUCGGAAUAGCGGAAGGCUGGAAAAACGAAUUAUUAUUACAGAUUCAAAAAUUCUAUAAAUACAGCUUCUAUGAUUAAUUGGAUGAUUAUAUUAAAAAUAAAAAUACUAGUGAAGUUGAUAAUAAAGAAAAAAUUAAGAUUGUUAAUAGAAGUUGGAUGACUAAGUUAUGUAAUAACUUAAAUUAAUAUAAUGAAAAUGAAAGUAAGCUUACAUUUAGAGAAUUAAGAUUGAAAUUCAUGAAAAUUCUAAAUUAGAAGGAUUCAUUAGAUGAAGAAAUCAAAUUCAAUUUAAUUUAAUAAUCAGUUAAAUAAAGUAUAAAAUGUAAUUCAAUAUCGUUUAAUUCAUCUGGAACAAUAAUGAUAUCAAGUGAAUAUCAGAAUAUUAAAGUUUGGAGCUUCACAUAAGGAAAAAUUGAGUUAUUAUAAACCUUGCAAGGACAUAGCAAUUGGGUUUAAUGUUUAUGUUACAGUAAGAAAUAAAAUUCAUUUGUUUCUGGUAUAAUGAAUGGAUUAGUUCGUAACCUUAUAAAUAUCACACUGAUUGGGUUAUGUGUAUUAUAAUAAAUUCGAAUGAAGAUCUACUCUUUUCUGGGAGCAGUGAUUACACAAUAAAAGUAUGGAAGGUUGAUUUUGAUAAGAAUGAAUUAUAAUAUCUUUAUUCAUUGGAUAAGCAUGUUAAUUAUGUUAUUUCAUUAAGCUUAAAUAAAUCGGAAAAUUAAUUAGUUUCAUGUGCUUAAUAGAGGAAUUAGAUUAUUAUUUGGGAAAAAAAGGAAAAAGAUAAGUAUGAAUUUAAAUAUUUUGUUAAAUAAUCAGUGUAUAAAGAAGGAUUCAAAGUUGGAUUUAUAGGCGAGAAUUCAUUUAUUUGGAUAACUGGUGAUUAAGGAAUAAAUAUGAUAUAUAACUUUGAAUAAAGAGAAGGUGUUUAUUAGGAGAACUUAAGUAAAACAAUUCAGCUAGUUACAAAUUAUCAGGAAUAUGAUGAAUAUUUCUUUCCCAUAAUUUACAAUGAAAAAAGGAAUUUUAUAAUAGUUAGACAUAAAUCAUACAUAUAUUUAAUUAGAGAUAAUAAAAAAGGGUAGUUAUAAAUAUUAGAUUAAUUGAAUUGUAAUACUUCAGAUAUUUAUGGAGCAAUGACAGAUAAUGGAAAAUAUUUGGUUUUUUGGGAUUUCUAUACAUCAGGAUAUUCAAUUUAUGAAUUAUAAAAUAAAUGA